AUGGCACUACGCCAAGGAGAGACAAUCUUUAGGGGAUCCUUAGGGAGACAUUAUAACCGAAAACCAUGUUUAUAUUUAGUAUUAUUCACCACAGUGUUUCUCCUAGUGAUACAGAUUCUAACGUAUCUUGGUCCUCAUGAGGAGACACUAGAUGGUGCGAUUCAAGAUGUUGAUAUCAUUUUGACUCCAUCAGACCCUGAUGAAUAUCCUGAUUAUCCAAAUAUAUACCCUACUACUGGCGAUUCCACCAAACAAAGACAUUACAAAUUACUUGUAGUAAUAACUUCUCACAUCGAUGAAAUGCGGACGAGAAAAUUAUUAAGAGAAUAUUUGUUUGGUAUUAAAGAUAAUUUAAGACCAUGUAUGGAAAAAAAUGGAGAAAUAUAUUACAGAUUUUUGAUGAAGCCUUAUCAACAAACUGAUAAAAAAGUAUUGAGAGAUUUUACGGCGGAAGCUGUGGAAUAUGAUGAUAUUGAGGAGUUUCCAAAUCAAUCGAAUAUGAAUUGGCAAAAAACUGUUCUUACUUGGAUCCAAUCACUCGAGAAACAAGAAAUCACGUUCGACUAUGCAGUAAUUAUGGAAGACCAAUCAAUUAUCAACCUUCGCAAACUUCUGUCUAUUCUGGAUUCAUCCGUAAUCAACACUCAAACCUUGACACCUAGACAGAAAUCCAAUUUAGCGUAUCAAUAUUUUAUCGAACCAAAACAUACUGAUGAAAGCGAUUUAUUUUUCAUAAACGACAAUACUGAACUGAUAGAAUGGCCGAACGCCAUCGAGAAUGUUCCGAAAGAAACAACGAUAGGAGUAGGGCACGUUUACUUAGAAAGUGAAAAAAGAAGCGUAUUCACGCAUUUGUCAAUUUCUAAAAUUCCAGCCUGUUACCCUGUUCCACGUAGGAAUGACAAACUAUCCAUAGCGGUUGUAACAAGCAGUUUCGUGUAUGAUAACAUGUGUAUGUUUCCGGUAGCAUACAUUCUAGCAGAAAAUAAACGCGAUUAUGCUAGGAGACAUGGAUAUUCAUUUGUUGGCCGCUCUGAAGAAUUUGAUCAACAAGCACAUUACAAGCACCGACGUACCGUCUGGGGGAAGAUUGAUUCAAUUGAAAAAAUUUUACCACACUACGAUUGGGUGUUUUGGCUGGAUAUGGACACUGUCAUUGCAAAUCAGUCUAUUUCUGUCGAAUGGUUGUUUGAGAAAUUUACUGAAAGGGUUGGAGGAGAAGAUAAUUUUAGCAAGAUUAAUUUAGUGGUUGCAAGGCCUAAACAAGACUCUACUAUAAAUGCGGGAGUUUUUAUGAUUAGGAAUUCAGAAUGGAGUCGAAAAUUUUUAAGAGCAACACAAGCACGAAGGGAUCUUUAUUUUAACAGACAGAUGGAGCAACGUGCAAUGUGGGAACUCUUAAUUAGUCCGGAUUAUAAAGAUGGG